AUGAGAACUGCAAGAUCAAUGACAUUGCAGCCUCCAACAUUUGGAAAGUCUAUUACCAUUUUGAGCAUUGACGGUGGAGGCAUUAGAGGAAUCAUCCCUGGAGUCAUCCUUGCAUUUUUGGAAUCUGAGCUUCAGAAAUUGGAUGGUGAAGAUGCACGACUAGCCGACUAUUUUGAUGUAAUUUCCGGUACAAGUACCGGCGGUCUAAUCACAGCCAUGCUUACAGCUCCAAACGAGAACAAUCGGCCUCUCUUUUCUGCCAAAGAUGCUUUGGUGGCUAUAAACGAAGUGACCAAGGAAGUAAGCAGAGGAAAUUCUGACUUCUCUUCCAUGAAUCCAUUAGAAUAUAACCGGUUCAUUGUCUUAUCUCUGGGAACCGGGACAGACCAAGGUGAAGCCAAGUACAACGCAGAUCAAGCAGCCAAAUGGGUGGAUAUAUUCAUGGAAGCAAGUUGUGAUAUGAUCGAUUUUCACCUUUCCACCAUUUUUCAAACUCUUCAAUCCGAAGAAAAUUAUCUUAGAAUCCAAGAGGAGGUGAUUUUGGAUUAUUGUUGUUGUUUUCUUUGGUUUGCAAUACGCCUAAUGCCCGAAUGGAAUGCAUACCACCGGUUUUGCCUUCGUCACGUCCGUAGUAACUUGGUGGCAUGGUUUCGAAGGCUAAACCCUAAGUUUUUUUUUGCUUUCUGUUUUUGUUGUUGUUGCUGCUGUGUAACGAUGAUGAUGUUGCUCUGUUUGGUUCGGUUUUGUAUAAAUUGUUGUUGUAUGAUGAUGUGGAUGGCGAUGUGCUUUAGAUUAUUGGGAAUUACACCCGUUAUUGGGGGUAAAUUUUUUUGUUUGUUUGUUUAUUUUUAUAGGUUUGGGAGCACAUCCCAAGACUUCAACCAAAGAGGAAAGUUAAAGAUCAGAGUUACUUGCUUAAGGGAUGAUGAUGUAACGGGGGUUCAUAUCUACCUCUGUAGGACGUGGAUAUUUUGUUGGGCCAUCAGAGAACCAUACGAGUCCAAUCGGGUCCUUUGUCAAUUUCAGUGUAAGCAAACUGUGCCAGAGUACCCGUUAAUCAAUGACAUUGAUCGCUGGAAUGCGAUACACCAUGGAUUCCUUGGGACUGGAAAGGCAUAUGAUGAUUGGUCUUCAAAUCUCAGCGACGUAUAUCAUCUCGCUGAUGCAGCCUUACAGGAAAAUCCUGGCUUUGGUGUUAGUCUAGUGGAUAAACUCUUGCAAAUCUUCGACAAGAGUUUCAUUGUCCUGUCUUUGGGCCCACGUGAUAUGAGCACUCAGAACGAUACUAAGGUUCUUCAGAAAAGACCACCGGAGUCAAGUCAACCUGUUGUGCUCACGCAGAAAACAACAUCAAAGCCUACUGGAGGAGGAAGGAGAAAGUGA